CCUCCAGCCCACACACAUGGCCUGCUACGACCUCUGCCGCCCCUGCGGACCCACCCCGCUGGCUAACAGCUGCAACGAGCCCUGUGUCAGGCAGUGCGAGGAGUCCCGCGUCGUCAUCCAGCCUCCCGCCGUGCUGGUCACCCUGCCAGGACCCAUCCUCAGCUCCUUCCCCCAGAGCACCGCCGUCGGCUCCUCCUCAUCGGCUGCCGUGGGCAACGUCCUCGGCUCCCAGGGAGUGCCCGUCUCUUCCGGCCGCUUCGGCUACGGCUACGGCUUUGGAGGCCUGGGCUGCUACGGCGGCGGAAGGGGCUGCUACCCCUGCUAAGGGCCCUGCCCACCACCCCUGACACCAACCAA